UUACAGCUGUAAAGCGAAACCGAAACAUUUACAGUCACAACAUGACUUCUGCCUUCCAAAGUCCUACGAUGGCACCUUGUUGAUGUAAGAGAUUGGGAAGGAGGUCUGCAAUGCUGUGUGAUGGAAAGUGAAUCCCAGAUAUUGUCAUCUGUGAUUUAUGGUUAUUUCUCAAGUGCUGGAUGUCCGAUUCACCCAGAGGAUGUUCACAACAUGCUUAUUCUGCUUCAGGAAGUGCAGAGAAUCAGGCAGAUCAGACAGGGAACAUCCCAGAGCACAGAAUGACUUGUCAGCUCUAUAGAUUCACUUAGCGUGUCUUGCUGUUUUGUUAAAACACUGUGAACCUGUUAAGCCAUGAAGAUCAGAAUGGAUUGACCAGUUAAAGCAGAAACUGGUCUGUUGAGACUGAGUACUCAUGCACAUUUGAUUGCCCUCAUUUUAACCAUUAAUAUCUUCAGACUAUCAGCACUGCGAUGAAUGCUUUUGGUUGUUGAUCAUCUGACUGUAGUUACUUUAAUCUCCCACCUGGGUAUGAGAUAUAUUAUGAGUGUAUAAAAGAUAAUUAAUAAUGUUAUUAAUGAGCCACGCUUCUCAUUAAACUGUAUUUGAAAUAUUUCUGUCUGUCCAGGUCACUCUGAUUUAACGGUUUGCUUGGGUCACAUAAGCAGCAUAUAUACUGUCAUGCUAUUAGUCACAGCCCAUGUAUGUUUAAUGAAAAUCACGUGACCUGAUUAAUUGUAGCUUGGUUAGAUAACUAAUUUCAUACAGUCUAAUGCAGGGGUUGGCAAUCUCAUCCAAAAGGGGAUGUUAUCUGUGUGGGUUUUGCUGCAAUUCCCUAAUUAGAUUAUUAAUUAGAGGACUGAUUGGCUGAAGAGUCCUCACACCAGGGUUUGAACAGCUGACCUAAAGGUUAUCCCAAAAACCUGCAUACACACCAGCCCUUUGCAUAUAAGAUUGCCCACCCCUGGACUAAUGGGAUUUUUUUCCUUUCACAGACAUAUUUAGUUCUUCUUCUUCUGUGUGUUAAUUAUAACCCCUGUUCUGCAUGCGGCCAGGCUGAAUAUAAAAUCGGUGAUGAAUGCUGUCCUAUGUGCUCCCCCGGAAGUCGUGUCUACAGACAUUGUACGGCCUGGACCUUCACUUUAUGUGUUCCAUGCGUACACUCUACUUUCAAUGACCAGCCCAAUGGUUUUGAACAGUGCAGCCCCUGUACAAUCUGUGUUAAAGGCCUUGGUGUGAAGACAGUGACAGCAUGUACACCCUCUUCAGAUACAGUGUGUGGGGUCCUGGAAGGGCACUAUUGUAUUAAUCCUUAUAAGGGAGGAUGCAGAACAGCCAAUAAACACUCAGCCUGCCAACCUGGACAGUUCAUCCAACAGCCUGGAACAGAAUACACUGAUACCGUCUGUGAGGACUGCAGUGAUAAUUCAUACUCUGAUGGCUCUUUUACCGCCUGUAAACCACACACAGACUGUGAAUCCAGAGGACUUGUCACAGUUAAAGCAGGAGACCAAGCAACUGAUUCUGAAUGUGGAAAGAAAAGUGUUACUGCAUUGCCAGUAGUUCUACCUGGAGUAGUAGUAGUAGUAGUAAUAAUAAUAAUAAUAAUAAUAAUAAUAGUAAUAAUAAUAGCAGUUACAGCAAUAAGAUACAAAAGAAGAAAAUCCUUGAACGUGAGCCCACCCCAAGAAGGUGAAAAUAUGCUGCAAAAUCCCCCAGAAGUUCAGUGUAAAACGGGCUUCCAUAAGACAGUGACUGUGGAUCCCGCAUUUAUGUCCAGGUCUGUGUUACACGUGUAUUUGCUGAAUUCUGCAGAGGUUAGUAGUUCACGUUGCUCUUGUGCUAACAGGCAGCUUGUUUCUUCUUCAGGUAGAAGAUGA